CAGACGACGGUGCAGAGCACCACCACAGGAUCCUACGUUGAUUUCUGUGAUAUUGGACGAUAGAGGGAAAUUUGCAGCGACUGCAGGUUUCUGCGUCAUGCCGUCCACAGGUCCAAGACGCCCUGGAUGCGAGAACUGCCGUGCAAGACAUCUCAAGUGUGACGGCGAUAAACCCUGCGCCCAGUGCGUCAAGAAACGAAUUCAGUGCAACAGGAGCCUCAGGGUUAGGUUCCGCCACAAUUCCAAUCCCGGGGGUACGCGCCCCGAGUUCUCGGACAGCCAGGUCUGGUGCAAGACGUCUGGCAAGAAACUCAAGUUUCUCGAUCAGAGCCUUGAGGUUGCUCGCUGCUACGAAGAAGACGACGACGAUGAUGAGGAACCCAUCCCCAUCGUGAGACAUCCGGCGACCCGCGGAGUGGACUCGAGUUCGGGUCAUCUUCCAGACUCGGCUCCAGACCCAACAAAGGCGCUGAAAACUGCCAUCUGGGGCAUCGACUCCCUCGCCGUGAGAAGCGUCGAUGAUGAGGCCACAUCCAGCUCGGCCGCGGGCUUCUCUCGCCCGGCAGAUACUCCCAGACUGACCUUUGACACUCCCCAACGAUCAGACCUCCUGGCCAUGACCACGCCCCCAUCCCUACGCCACAACCUCUCUGAGCAAUCCCACGACGACCACCACGCCUACUCCUUUGCGAGCCGCAGCACCUUGAGUCCCUACUCCAUCCUGCAGUACGGCGCGUCGCCACGUCUCGAAGUCUCGAGUGCCCCGCUGAACGAGCGCGGCAAGGCCGACCUGUUCCGCUACUACGUGAGGAACAUCGGCCCGGCGUUUGAUUCCUAUGACCCCAACAAGUACUUUACCGAGCGCAUACCGUCCCAGGCCACGCUGAGCUCUCCUCUGCUCGAGCUCAUCCUCGCCGUGUCUGCGUGGCACUCCAAUGCUACCAGGAAGGAGCCACAGCGGUCGGCCAACCUUGAUGUGAAUUUAGAGCAACUUGCCUUGGCGGGCAUGGACGAUGAUACUCUAGACGUUGCUCUGCUUCUGCAUCAUUUCAUCUUAAACAUGGAUGGCACCGCCUCAGAUUCCGCCGUUGCCCAGUUUACCACCUCAAAGCCUCAAGUGUCCCCUCUUUCAUCCAGGCCUCUCGAAACAUCUCACGAUGAUGUCCUGUGGGCGAGGCUAAGACAGGAACUGUUCCUAGCCGUCUUGAACCAAAUCACACCAAGCAUGGAUGUCGCCCGCUCCAGACUCGAUCGCCUGACCGAAAGCAGAGACGACCGCGCCAGAGCAAACAAGAUGCUCGUCGAGCUAUUAGCCACAGUGCAGUACUGCUUCGGAGAUGACAAGAACACAUCUACAUAUGACAGGCUGCUCGAGUCAUCCUCCACCUGGAUGAUGACCAACCCGUCGUCCUUUACUCCCGUCAUGAUUCGCCGGCGGCAAGGCCGCGAAGUCUUUCCCGAGAUCUGGCUCUUGAACGAUUGCGUGGCUGCCGGCUUGCAGUAUUUCCACCUUGCCAGGAUUCUGCUCGUGGUGCAUGACCCUCGGGUUCCAAGGCUCUGCAGAGCGGGACAAGAAGCCUCCCGUUGGAUUGACGCCCAAACCAAAAACGACCUCGAGAUUAUCUGUGGAAUCGCGGAUUCCAUCAGCGAUAUUAACCCAAUGCAUAUAACUGCAUGUAUGGCCAUUUCCGUGGUUGGUGAUCGGUUCACCGACUCAGAUCAACAACAUGCUCUCCUCGAUGUGCUCGUCAAAACGACAAACAUGUACGGGUUGUCAACAGAACUUGCACAAAAACAUUUAUUAGAGGCAUGGGGAUGGUCAUCAAAUGAAAUCAGGAGUUGAUGUUCAGGGUAUCAAACUAUAAAAAAUCC